AUGGCACCGACUCAUCACGCUCUGCAUACCGAGGUGACACCUGGAACGGUACACCUGGUCGACUUAGCUGGCACUCUCCAUGUCAAGCAUAACGAAGCGGGUGAAAAGGAUAUCGUUCUCUUGCCUCAGCCCACCAACGACUACGAUGAUCCUCUCAAUUGGUCGAAAAGGCGCAAGCAAUUGUCCGCCGUUGUCCUUUUGCUGGCCGUCUUCUCUGCCGAUGUUUUGACAACUCUGCUCUCGGCUGCACUACUGGAUAUUGAAGCAGAGACUGGUAUUCCCCUUUCGACUCUCAAUCAGGGUGUGAGUGUUCAAUACCUCUUCUUCGGUUGGAGUACUUGGCUCCUGUGGCAACCCUUUGGUUUGACCUUUGGGCGCCGACCGGCAUUCCUCAUCGGCGGACUGGCCAUGAUCGCCAUUUCAGUCUGGACUUCGUAUGUCAAAACGAGUGGCGAGUGGUACGCGAAUCGAAUUUUGAUCGGUUUCUUCUAUGGGCCCAUUGAAACCUUGAUCGAGGUCUGCAUUUCCGACGUCUUUUUUGCACACGAUCGAGGCUUUUGGAUCGGCAUGUACUGCUGGAUUCUCUUUGGGAUCCCAUUUCUUGGAGCGGUGCCUGCAGGAUUCGUCGCCGAGAAUCUAGGUUGGAAAUGGAUCCAGUUCAUUGCUUCAAUCAUUGCCGGUGGCUGUAUGCUGGUCAUGUUCUUCUUCUUGGAAGAGACAAUGUACUAUCGCCCUCCAGUCCAGGAAGAAGCUCUGGAUGCAGAAGAGGAGAGUGGUUCUUCGGAUGAGAGCUCCACGGGAAAUCCUGCCACCAAAGACGAGAAGACUGCGACCACUUCACAGUCACUCACCCAGGCAGGGCUCGACACAAGUCAUAAGAAAAGCUUUAUUCAGAAGCUGAAGUUCUGGGGUGCUCGUCGACCUGGACAGCCCAACCACUACUGGAGAUCAAUGUGGUUUCCGAUUUCUCUCCUUCGAUUUCCUGUCGUCGUGUUUGCUGGAAUAUUGGUCGGCUCGGUCCUGUCGUGGUUCAACGUUGUCAACGCCACGGCGGCCUUGAUACUCGCUGGACCCCCUUACAACUUUUCGACUGAGAUGAUAGGCGUCAUGUUUAUUGCUCCGUUCAUCGGUUGUACAAUUGGGUGCAUUUUCGCGGGCGUAUGCGCCGACAGAUUUGCCGUGUGGAUGUCUCGACGCAAAGGUGGCAUUUUCGAGCCCGAGUACAGACUGUGGAUGGCCGUGGUGCCUUUGAUCCUUCACCCUCUCGGCUGUAUCUUGAUCGGUGUGGGAGCGAAGCACCACGUGCAUUGGGUUGGUAUUGCUUUCGGCCUUGCCUUUGUGGUCGGCACGUUUCCCAUCGGAAGUGCCAUUGCGAUCAACUACAUCAUCGACUCAUACCGAGAGGUUUCUGGUGAUGGCCUGGUCACCAUGAUCUGCAUUCGAAACACAAUGGGCUUCGGGUUCGGGUAUGCCGUGACACCUUGGAUUCAAACUUCUGGCGUCCAAAACACGUAUAUCGCCGUGGGCUUCAUCGGAAUGUUCUUCUGGGGCCUCUCAUUCUUGUUCAUCUUGAUUGGAAAGAAGACCCGCAAGGCUUCCGCAAAGAGUUAUUGGCACAUGGUCGAGACACUUGGGUUGCAAGCACACUGA